GACACCAUCGCGGAGAAGCUGGCGUACAUGGACGCGCUCGAGCGCGACGAGGUGCGCGCGGCGGUCGCGGUCGCGCACGACGCGCACGACGGCCAGCGACGAAAAUCCGGCGAGCCGUUCGUCACGCACCCCGUCGCGGUCGCGGGGAUACUCGCGGACCAGCGCAUGGACCACGAGACCGUGAUCGCGGGAUUGCUCCACGACACCGUGGAGGACACGGACCUCGUGACGUUCGAGUCCAUACAGGAGCGGUUCGGCGCCGCGGUGCGGCGGAUCGUCGAGGGCGAGACCAAGGUGAGCAAGGUGUCGUCGAGCACGAAGGCGAACGUCCAGGCGGACGACCUGCAACAGAUGUUUCUCGCGAUGACGCAAGAAGUCAGGGUGAUCGUCGUCAAGCUCGCGGACAGAACGCAUAACAUGCGGACGUUAUGGUCGUUAAAACCGGACAAAAGACGAAGGAUCGCGCAGGAAACGCUCCUCGUGUUCGCCCCGCUCGCGAAACUUCUGGGGAUGUACAAAGUCAAGAACGAGCUCGAGGAGCUCGCGUUCAUGCACGUGGCGCCGGAGCAACACGCCAUCACGUCGCGGUGGUUCGACGAGCUCUCCAAGAGACAAGAGCCGGUCGUCACGAGAGCGGCGGCGGAGCUGCAGAAGAUGUGCGACGAGGACGACUUCCUGAAGAGCGCGUGCGAACGCGUGGAGAUUCAGUGCCGCGCGAAGGAGCUGUACGGCGUGUACCGCAAAGCCGGCGGGGAGAGGAUACCGACGGCGCCGCCCGGCAGCGACGCGGAGCGCGAAUCCCUCGAGCUCCUCUCCUCGCGUCUCCGUCGCGCGCUGACGUCCAGGCUGUGCUACCACGUCCUCGGCAUCGUGCACGCGGCGUGGCCGCCGGUGCCCGGACGCAUGAAGGACUACAUCGCGACGCCGAAGCUGAACGGGUACAAGGCGCUGCACACGGUCGUGCAGCCGAUCGGCGGCGGCGCGAAGCGAGGGAAGUGGGGCGAGGGCGGCGGCGACGAGGUGUUUCCCCUGGAGUUGCAGAUUCGCACGGAGGACAUGCAUCGCAUGGCGGAGUGCGGCAUCGCCGCGGAUAAGGAGGUGAAGGCGGCCGUCCUCAUAAAGAGCGGGCACGAGCGGCAGCUCGCGUGGCUCGCCAACAUCCGCGAGUGGCAGGAAGAGUUUUUGGGCGUCCUCACCGCGGAGGAGUUCGUGGACACGAUCACCGGGGAUUUACUCGGCCGUCGCGUCUUCGUGUUCACCCCCGAGGGCGGCGUCAUGAACCUCCCCGCGGGGAGCACGGUGGUGGACUACGCGUACUACACCGACGUCGGCGUCGACAUGAUCGCGGCGAAGGUCAACGGCGUGGACGUGGACGCGGACUACCGCCUCUCGAACGCGGACGUCGUGGAGAUCAUCGCGACGGAGAACAGCGGGUUGGAGCUGUUCGCGGGCGCGGGCGAGGCGAGCGCGAGCGCGGUCGCGCGCGCGGUUGCGAAGCAGAAAGUCGCGCUCCAGAAGGGCUUCUUCGACAUCGCCAAGACGCGAAGCGCCAAGUACAAGAUUCAGAAAUUCCUCGCGGAAAACGGGGACGUCCCGCGGACCACCGCGCCGGCGCUCGGCGCGGUCAGCGCCGCGGCGCCCAACUCCGAGGUGGACGUCAUACUCAACGGCGCGCGCAACGACGUGGUUCGA